AUGGUCGAUUUGAAGCAACAGCUCAACACCCUCGACUAUUUUGGAGUGGUUGCUGUUUGGGUGGCGUUCUUCUCGGUUGUGGCAAUCAUCUCAAUGACCUGUAUCUUGUGGUGUUGUGUGACGAAAGAUGAUGAUGUGACUGUUUUCCAAAAAUGGGGAAUGGGCCCUCAUGAGAGAGAAAAUGAAUUAAGUGUAAAAAGCUGUGCGAGGAUUGUUGACAUCAUCUCUUCAUCUAGAAAAAUCCUCGUUCUUUUUCCGCUUUAUUUU